GGUCCUUCCUAUGUCUCAGCGGUCGAUCCUGAAACCAUCAACCUGAAAGGUUGACCUUUCCUUGUCGGAAGUGGUUUGUAGCGAUACAUAACAUGGGACAUAUCAUGGCAUUGUUGGCCUCAUGUAAUGGUUAGGCGUCAAAAAAGAUGAUCACUCACAAGGAUGACGAUGCUGCCGCUCCCUUUAACAACACCUUUAGCAUUGAAUAUAAUGUCGACAGUGUCCCAACAUGCGUCGCGCUUCCGUCUUGAGCCAGCUUUGUCCAACACAGUUCUGGGUCAUAACCGCAGUGUCAACGUCCUUGGUGUGGUUCAUCCACUGAAUGGGGACAUCUAAUUACGUUUACUACUGAGCACUUAUAUCUGUCGUCGUCAACGUUUCCCUUGCAAACCUCCCUUUCCACCAGCAGAAAACCAACACCAUAGGCCGUGAUCAUGCGACAUCCUUCGACGUUUGUACCCAUAAUAGCCUCCAUAGUAGCCUUUGUGCUAGUAUUACUGGCCCUUAUUGCCGGUUCUAGCAAAGGCUUCAUGGAGAGCUACGAUAUCGUCACAUUCAACACGUCAACUCUUGGACAGAACCUUAUCAACCAACAACUUAGCGGUGACCAGUCUGGCUCAGCAGCAGAUGGAGUAUGUGAAAAGCUGGGUUUUCUCAGCAAGGCCUGCGAAGACGCUACGGGCGCCGUCGGAGACGCAAAAGACGAUCUGUUGAACGCCCUAGGCGAUAUUGAGAACGACAUAGCGGACCAGCUAGCGGAAAAGCUGGGCAUCCACGAGUUCUACUCUCUCCAUGCUAGAACAGUUUGUGAGGGCGAGUAUAGCCCUAGCCCAACAGCCAAGGGUGCCGGUAGGACUGUUGCUAAGUGCAUCAAGACCUUCCCCAACGGCUUCAACGUAUCCGACAUCCUCGACAAAGAACUCCGCGUCGGCCCCUUCAAGCUCACCCUCGAAGACAUCGGCUUCAACGACGAAGUCCAAAACGCCUUCGACACACUGAACCGCGUCAUCAAAGCCUUCGCCAUCAUCCUCAUCAUCGAUGUUGCUCUCACCGGCCUCUCCAUGCUCGCCUCCCUCCUCGCCAUCUUCUUCCUCAACAGCAAGGAACGGCCCACCCUCAUCAUCAACGCCGUUCUCUCGAGCAUCGCUUUCACCCUCGUUCUCAUCACCGGUAUCCUCGCCACUGUCGGGUCCCGGAUCGCUGCCUCGAAGGCGAACAAGUACGGGGAGGAUAUUGGGUUGAGCGCCAAGGCGGGAACCAAGUAUACGAUCCUCAUUUGGGUGGCGGUUGGGUUUUCGUUGAUCACUUUUGUGGGGUGGGUGUUUCAGGCGCUGAGGUAUAGGAAUGGGAAGACGAUGGGUCACCGACAUCAUGGGGCGAGAAAUAAGGGGUAUAGGGACUCGGAGGAGAGUGCGGCGAACUCGGAUAGGCCGGUUUGGAAUAAUAGAGGUAUGAGGGAGGUGCAGUUUGCGAGGACUAGGUAGAGUGGAAGAGGAUCAGCUAGGCUCAGCUGUCUUUGUUGCUAGGUGAGAGGUC